AUGGUUGGUCUCGGUCCCAAGGUUCCGCCCAGUAGGAAGGGUAAGUUUUGCAGCUGCGAUUCCCCCUUCAUUUUACUCCUUCUCCCUACCUUUGGACUCCUGAAAAUACCCAAGGGCGACACGAUGGCCUUGUAUGCAAAAAUGAAAUGGUCUACUGCGCACUGUACGCCAUUCCGCUGGUGUCGUCCCACCCUCCAAGUCAUCCUCAACGCCUCACCCUCAAAACUUUCGUCCCGCUCGCACCAUCACAAUCACCACCAUCCAAUCCUGUCUCUCACCGACGGCUGGAACGGCCAAUUGCCAUUCGGAGAUGACGCGCCACAAGGCUGGACCGCCAUGCAGCACUUCCCGGUGGCCGGAGCUUCCCCAAGCCAGAGGGGUACCUUGCUCGUCAAGCAAAAGCAACUCUCUUGGGAAAAGCUCAAGCCAUCCAGCGUUGCGGUGGAAGACCUUACCUUUGUGUUGACCGCUACAUCAAUUGCUUGUUGUUAUUUGCCCUUUGUCUCGAGAGCUUCGAUUCUGGAUCUUGUUUUCCUGAACACAAUCAUUUUCCAGCUUCACACAACCGUCACGAUGGUGGACAGAGCGAUUGCUCCCGCUACAAGGGAGAGAUCCUACCACCACACCGAUAUCUUUGUGCCAUCACGUCAAAGCAAGAACACACAUCUACAGAUUCAACACAUUCAUGAUCUUCUGGCUGAGGUCAAGAAGCUCGAGGAGCAAUUCACCGUUCCGACUGAGAAGCUCAAGCAGAUCAGCGCGCACUUCAUCACAGAACUGGACAAGGGUCUGAGUGUCGAGGGCGGUAGUAUCCCCAUGAACCCGACCUGGGUCAUGUCCUUCCCUGAUGGCUACGAGACCGGCACUUACCUUGCCCUCGACAUGGGCGGAACCAACCUCCGUGUCUGUGAGAUCACCUUGACGGAUCAGAAGUCUGAGUUCGACAUCAUUCAGUCAAAGUACCGCAUGCCCGAGGAGCUCAAGACCGGCCAGUCAGAGGAGCUGUGGGAGUACAUUGCCGACUGCCUAGCUCAGUUCAUCCAGACUCACCAUCCCGACCACCCUCAAUCUCAGAAGAUUCCUCUGGGUUUCACCUUCUCCUACCCUGCCACCCAGAACUACAUCGAUGAGGGCAUCCUCCAGCGCUGGACCAAGGGUUUCGAUAUUGCCGGAGUUGAGGGUCACAACGUUGUCCCUUUCCUUGAGGCUGCUCUGGCGGCCAAGAACGUCCCUAUCAAGCUGUCUGCUCUGAUCAACGAUACCACUGGCACCCUGAUUGCCUCUGCCUACACCGACACUAAGAUGAAGAUUGGCUGUAUCUUUGGCACUGGCUGCAACGCUGCUUACAUGGAGGACUGCGGCUCCAUCCCCAAGCUUGCUCACAUGAACUUGCCUCCCAACACCCCCAUGGCCAUCAACUGCGAGUGGGGUGCUUUCGACAACGAGCACAAGGUCUUGCCUCGUACCCCCUACGACAUCAUCAUCGACAAGGACUCUCCUCGUCCCGGCCAGCAGGCCUUUGAAAAGAUGAUUGCCGGUCUCUACUUGGGCGAGAUCUUCCGCCUGGUCCUUGUUGACCUCCACGACAACAAGUCUGUGCACAUCUUCGAGAACCAGGACAUUGCCAAGCUCCGUAAGGCCUACACCUUGGAUUCCUCGUUCCUGUCCGCCAUUGAGGACGACCCCUUCGAGAACCUUCAGGAGACUAGCGACCUCUUCCUCUCCAAGCUGAACCUCAAGGCCACCAGACCCGAGUUGGAGCUGGUCCGCCGCCUUGCUGAGCUCAUUGGCACCCGUGCCGCCCGCCUCUCGGCUUGCGGUGUUGCUGCCAUCUGCAUGAAGAAGGGCUACGACAACUGCCACGUCGGUGCUGACGGUUCGGUCUUUAACAAGUACCCCCACUUCAAGGCCCGUGGCGCCCAGGCUCUGCGCGAGAUUCUCGACUGGCCUGCUAAGACCAACCCUAAGGAGGAGGAUCCUGUUGAGAUUCUCGCAGCAGAGGACGGCAGUGGUGUUGGCGCCGCCCUGAUUGCCGCCUUGACCCUUAAGAGAGUCCAGAACGGCAACAUGGCUGGCAUUCUCCACCCCGAGAACUUCACAUAG